AUGCCUCUCCAAGUCCUCCCCCUCGAAGCCCAGACACUCACCGCAUACGCCUUCGCCCUGCAGAAGCGCCACCUCCUGCGCGACCCCACCGUGCGCUUCCUCAGGGUCGUCGAUCAGGACCGCACCGACGGCAACUCGGAGCUGGAUCUCGACCUCACUUAUUCAAUCUCCUUCCGUCGUAUAGACCUAUACUAG